AUAUGUCAAUACUUCAUGAAUCUUGCUUCUUCAUAUUAUUUGACAAGCAACCUCAAAAAAGGCAAAACAAACUCGACUGAUUACUUUAAUUUAUUUGUACAAUAAUUAUUAUAUACGUUUAUUUUCAAAUAUGUUACCUGGAUAGAAAAUUAAAGUCAGUGUCCAUUGUAUAGUCGUACUAAUAAUACAUUUUGUGUUCAAUAUGUGAUUGUUGUUUUGUUGUUUAAAAUUUGUUUACUCAAAUAAUGAUUCCUUCGAAUACAAUAUGUGUAUCGGAGGAGGGGCCGGCUAAUGCUCUGGCCCUGAACAAGGAUUCUACCCAGGUGGUCAUAGCCGGCAGAAAUGUGUUCAAAGUGUUCUCCAUUGGUGAAAAUGAAUUUACGGAGGUGUGCAAUUUACGUGUGGGGAAGAAUUUGAAUCUCAAUUUUUCAUCCAUUGAUGUUGCUUGGAGCUCCACUGAAGAAAACACACUGGCCACCGCAGCCACUAAUGGGGCUGUUGUUGUGUGGAACCUGGGCAGGUCGGGCCGAUCCAAACAGGAACAUGUGUUUUCAGAACACAAAAGGACUGUCAAUAAGGUGAGUUUCCACCUGACGGAGCCCGCGCUGCUGAUCUCCGGCUCCCAGGACGGCACCAUGAAGUGUUUCGAUCUCCGGAUGAAGGAAGUCGCCAGGACAUUCAUCAGUAACACGGAGUCGAUCCGCGACGUGCAGUUCAGCCCGCACCAGGCCAACACGUUCGCGGCCGUGUCGGAGAACGGCAACGUGCAGCUGUGGGACGUGCGCCGCCACGAGCGAUGUCUGCAGCAGUUCACGGCGCACUCCGGCCCGGUGUUCGCGUGCGACUGGCACCCGGAGAUGCCCUGGCUGGCCACUGCUUCCAGGGACAAGACCAUCAAGGUGUGGGAUAUACACGCGAAACCGAAUUUGGAGUACACGAUAUACACCAUAGCAUCCGUGGGACAUGUGAAAUGGCGGCCUCAGAAAACUCACCAGGUGGCGUCGUGCGCGCUGGUGCUGGACUGCGCGGUGCACGUGUGGGACGUACGGCGCCCGCACGUGCCGCUCGCCACCUUCGCCGAGCACCGCGACGUCACCACCGCCAUCGCCUGGCAGCCCGACCCACACACAUUCCUCGCCACCAGCCGAGACUGUGGUCUGUACCGGCACCGGUUCUCCGAGGCGGCGCACCCGGUGCUGUGGGCCAACCCACAGGCGGUGUGCGUGUCGGCGCGCGGGGAGCUGGCGCUGGCGCUGCCGCGGCGCCCGCUGCCCGCGCUGCCCGCCGCGCCCGCGCACCCGCCCGCGCACGCGCACACGCACCACACGCACCACACGCACCACACGCACCACACGCACCACACGCCCGCCGACCGACACGUGCCCGGCCUCGGUCGCAAGCAGCCGACGGCGGGUUCGCUGAGCCCGGCGGCGCAGGCGGCGCUGGAGCGUCUGUUCCCGGAGGGCGCGGCGUCGCUGCUGACGCGGCUGGCGCGGGCGCCGUCGUGCCCCGUGCUGGCGUGCGCCGCCGAGUACAAGCUGCGCGGCAUGCCGCCGCACGACCUCGCCGAACACAACGCGCGCGUCGCCAGGAAGUACAACAGGCACAUGGUGGGGCACGUGUGGGAGGUGGUGCGCUGCGUGUACGCGGCGCGCGCGGCGGCGGCGCGCAGCACGCCCGCGCCGCACGCGCCGCCCGCGCGCGACCCGCUGCCCGCGCACGACCCGCCGCCGCCGCAGCCCACGCACACGUACAGCGCCGUGGAAGAGGAGCCCUUGGAAGAAGUGGAGCAGUGGCCGGAGACGCAGUUCCACAACAGCGGCGUGCUCGGCAUGCCCACGCUCAGCAUAUACAUACCGCCCGCCAAGUACGCCAAGAUGCGUAACGACGUUCUAUAUGCAGAGGCUGGAUCCGGGUCGGACGGCGCAGAAGGCUCGACGUCGGAGGGCGCGGGCUGGGUGUCGGCCGCCAGCGCGCACUACGUGGACGUGGAGGGCGCCGACUGGACGCUGCCCGAGGAGGCCUUCCCGCUGCGCAGCGCCCCGCCGCCCGCGCCCCCGCCCCACGCGCCGCACGCGCAGCACGCGCUGCACGCCGCACACCACGCUGCGCAACACGCCGCGCAACACGACGACAAGGAUCACGCCACAGGUCGCAGCGGCGCGGGCGGCGUGUCUCCCGGAGGCAGCUCGUCCCCGGGCAGCGGGUCCAGCGGCUCCGGGUCCAACGGGACGGGCGCCUCCGCCUCCACCGCGCCACCCAACCUCGACCACAACGCUAACAGCUAUCACGGAAUGCAUAUGGAGGAGGGCGAGCUGGGCCCGCUGUCGGUGCGCGAGCACGAGGCGCGCCCCGUGCUGGAGCCCGCGCCGCUGCUCGCCGCCGCGCUCCGUCUGCACGCGGACCUCGGCGACGUGCAGACCGCCGCCGCCGUCAUGCUCGUGCUGCACGAGUACAGGUCACUUACAACUCUCUCCCCCGUGCUGGAGCCCGCGCCGCUGCUCGCCGCCGCGCUCCGUCUGCACGCGGACCUCGGCGACGUGCAGACCGCCGCCGCCGUCAUGCUCGUGCUGCACGAGUACAGGUCACUUACAACUCUCUCCCCGUGCUGGAGCCCGCGCCGCUGCUCGCCGCCGCGCUCCGUCUGCACGCGGACCUCGGCGACGUGCAGACCGCCGCCGCCGUCAUGCUCGUGCUGCACGAGUACAGGUCACUUACAACUCCCCGUGCUGGAGCCCGCGCCGCUGCUCGCCGCCGCGCUCCGUCUGCACGCGGACCUCGGCGACGUGCAGACCGCCGCCGCCGUCAUGCUCGUGCUGCACGAGUACAGGUCACUUACAACUCUCUCCCCCGUGCUGGAGCCCGCGCCGCUGCUCGCCGCCGCGCUCCGUCUGCACGCGGACCUCGGCGACGUGCAGACCGCCGCCGCCGUCAUGCUCGUGCUGCACGAGUACAGGUCACUUACAACUCUCUCCCCCGUGCUGGAGCCCGCGCCGCUGCUCGCCGCCGCGCUCCGUCUGCACGCGGACCUCGGCGACGUGCAGACCGCCGCCGCCGUCAUGCUCGUGCUGCACGAGUACAGGUCACUUACAACUCUCUCCCCCGUGCUGGAGCCCGCGCCGCUGCUCGCCGCCGCGCUCCGUCUGCACGCGGACCUCGGCGACGUGCAGACCGCCGCCGCCGUCAUGCUCGUGCUGCACGAGUACAGGUCACUUACAACUCUCUCCCCCGUGCUGGAGCCCGCGCCGCUGCUCGCCGCCGCGCUCCGUCUGCACGCGGACCUCGGCGACGUGCAGACCGCCGCCGCCGUCAUGCUCGUGCUGCACGAGUACAGGUCACUUACAACUCUCUCCCCGUGCUGGAGCCCGCGCCGCUGCUCGCCGCCGCGCUCCCCCGCGCCGCUGCUCGCCGCCGCGCUCCGUCUGCACGCGGACCUCGGCGACGUGCAGACCGCCGCCGCCGUCAUGCUCGUGCUGCACGAGUACAGGUCACUUACAACUCUCUCCCCCGUGCUGGAGCCCGCGCCGCUGCUCGCCGCCGCGCUCCGUCUGCACGCGGACCUCGGCGACGUGCAGACCGCCGCCGCCGUCAUGCUCGUGCUGCACGAGUACAGGUCACUUACAACUCUCUCCCCGUGCUGGAGCCCGCGCCGCUGCUCGCCGCCGCGCUCCGUCUGCACGCGGACCUCGGCGACGUGCAGACCGCCGCCGCCGUCAUGCUCGUGCUGCACGAGUACAGGUCACUUACAACUCUCUCCCCCCGUGCUGGAGCCCGCGCCGCUGCUCGCCGCCGCGCUCCGUCUGCACGCGGACCUCGGCGACGUGCAGACCGCCGCCGCCGUCAUGCUCGUGCUGCACGAGUACAGGUCACUUACAACUCUCUCCCCCGUGCUGGAGCCCGCGCCGCUGCUCGCCGCCGCGCUCCGUCUGCACGCGGACCUCGGCGACGUGCAGACCGCCGCCGCCGUCAUGCUCGUGCUGCACGAGUACAGGAGCGACCUGUUCCCGUACAUCGACGAGGGCGUGCAGGAGCACUGGCUGCUCGGCUACAUCGAGUUCCUUCAGCGGCACAAGCUUUGGAAUAUUGCUACUGAGGUGGUUCGCUGCGCGUGGGUGAACAGCGUGUGGUCGGUGUCGCAACAGUCGACGGGCGUGUGGGCGUGCUGCGGCCGCUGCGGGCGGCGGACUCGCGCGCAUGCGCCCUGCGACCGCUGCGCGCCGCCCGUGCAUCCGAGGCAUCCGCACCAUCUGCCCGACCUCUGCGCCGUCUGCCACCGGGUGGUGCGCGGUCUAUACGCGUGGUGCCAGGGUUGUUCGCACGGCGGCCACCUGGAGCACAUGCGCGCGUGGAUGGACAAGCACCAGAUAUGUCCGGCCGGCUGCGGACACCACUGCCAGCUCGGCUGACUGCGUACCACUGUACUUGGUGAAGCUGGUGAAGCCUUCUUCAUCAUCAGAGCGGUCAAUCUUGACCGUGACAGGAUAUGUUUGUGUUUUGAGAAUAUCAUUUAUCAAUUUAUAUUUUAUCGUGAGGCGGUCAAAGCUACCAGCUUGUAUAUUUUGUUAUACGUAGCUUGUUGCAGAACUUUUACAUUGUAAAAGCCAAAAAGCUUGAAAGGUUGAAUAUGUGCACUCAAACAUCAGCUAUAACUUGGUGGUAAAGUUAUUUGUAGAUAUAGCAGUAUGAGAAAUCGAUAACUGUCGAAAAAUUGUAACCUUUGGCGUUGCCAAUGAGAAAGCCAGAUGGCCAAUAAAAUAUCUUGACCUUACAAAGAACCCAUUUCCAACCUGUAUCAGCGAAAUACUUCACAUAUUUAAAUAGAUGCAUAAAUUUACUCAGUAUGCCAUAGAGAAUUACCGCUCUGCACUCCGCAAAUGUAGUUAUAUUUCAAAACAGUUAAGCCACAACAUGUAAUGCAAUUGAAAAAAUCUUAGUUUUUAAAAUACACUGUAAUAAGUCAUACUCUAGUCUUCAUUUUAAGGCAAAAUGCACCAGACUAAGAACUAUAUGUAAGCUUAAUAUUUUGGAAAUGUUUAUUUGCAAUAAUAUAUUGUGUAAAUAAUAUAUAGACUGAAUUGAAGAUGUUUUGUAAUUAUUUUUAUAUAAAAUAAAUAAUACGCAAGUUA